GCGGUGGCCCCAUGUUUUCUCCUAGCCAGGAGGAGCACUGCGCGCCCAACAAGGAGCCCGUCAAAUAUGGAGAGCUCGUGGUUCUGGGGUACAAUGGCUGCCUCCCUAAUGGUGACCGGGGUCGUAGGAAAAGCAGAUUUGCCCUUUAUAAAAGACCUAAAGCAAAUGGCGUCAAACCUAGCACUGUUCAUGUGAUUUCAACACCUCAAGCAUCUAAGGCCAUCAGUUGUAAGGGCCAACACAGUAUCUCCUACACGCUCNUGUCACGAAAUCAGACCGUUGUAGUAGAAUAUACACAUGAUAAAGAUACUGAUAUGUUUCAGGUUGGCAGAUCAACAGAGAGCCCCAUAGAUUUUGUUGUAACAGAUACAAUUUCAGGCAGCCAAAACAGUGAUGAAACGCAGAUCACCCAAAGUACUAUUUCCAGGUUUGCAUGCCGCAUUGUCUGUGACCGGAAUGCACCAUACACAGCCAGAAUUUUUGCUGCAGGAUUUGACUCUUCCAAAAACAUAUUCCUUGGGGAAAAAGCAGCAAAAUGGAAGAAUCCAGACGGGCACAUGGAUGGAUUAACAACUAAUGGCGUUCUAGUCAUGCAUCCUAAAGGGGGGUUCACUGAAGAAUCUAAACCUGGUGUUUGGCGAGAAAUUUCAGUCUGCGGUGAUGUAUAUACUCUACGGGAAACAAGAUCUGCUCAACAAAGAGGCAAGCUAGUGGAAAAUGAAACCAACAUCCUACAAGAUGGUUCUCUCGUUGAUCUAUGUGGGGCCACUCUCUUGUGGAGAACAGCAGAUGGCUUAUUUCACACACCAACUCAGAAACACAUUGAGGCUCUACGACAAGAAAUCAAUGCUGCAAGGCCCCAGUGCCCUGUGGGACUGAAUACACUGGCUUUUCCUAGCAUUAACCGUAAAGAAGUGGUCGAAGAAAAACAACCGUGGGCUUACCUCAGCUGUGGCCAUGUCCAUGGUUAUCAUAACUGGGGACACCGCAGUGAUACAGAAGCCAAUGAGCGUGAAUGCCCUAUGUGCAGAACUGUUGGUCCCUAUGUUCCUCUUUGGCUUGGGUGUGAGGCAGGCUUUUAUGUUGAUGCUGGUCCACCAACUUAUGCUUUCACCCCUUGCGGGCAUGUAUGCUCAGAAAAAUCUGCCAAAUACUGGUCUCAGAUCCCAUUGCCACAUGGUACUCACGCAUUCCAUGCUGCCUGCCCUUUUUGUGCUACCCAGCUAUCUGGAGACCAGAACUGCGUCAAACUUAUUUUUCAGGGUCCAAUUGACUGAUGAUGCCAUUUUACAGAUGACCAUUAUACAGCUCACUUUGUUAACAAUUUACUGUGAAGAUAAAGAAUUGCCACUAACUCUAGAUUUUAC